UGCUAGUCAUGUCGCUCCCUUUUCUCCACGGGAACAGGAAGCCAUUUCCAGCAAGCAGGUUAGGUUGUUAUGCAGCGGCUGGUAUAGUAACCGUGAAGAGUGAGGCGAUUUUUUUUUGUGUGUGCGCCUCUUUCAGUUGACUGUGGAUAAUCUUAAAAUAUAAUAUCGCCGGUAAUCGAUUGCAGUUAGAUUUAGCAACAACUACAUUUCGGCUGCGAGUGUGAAGGAAAAAGGAGACGUUUAGUUCCUUUCAAGCCCUCUUUCUCUUCUGCGCGAUGACUUCGGGAGGCGACUUCGGGAACCCGCUGCGGAAAUUCAAGCUGGUUUUCCUGGGCGAGCAGAGCGUUGGGAAGACAUCAUUGAUAACUAGGUUCAUGUAUGACAGCUUUGACAACACUUAUCAGGCAACCAUCGGAAUAGACUUUUUGUCAAAAACUAUGUAUUUGGAAGAUCGAACAAUACGGCUUCAGCUCUGGGAUACUGCAGGCCAAGAGCGUUUCCGUAGCCUUAUUCCCAGUUACAUCCGUGAUUCAGCUGCAGCUGUAGUAGUUUACGAUAUUACAAAUGUAAACUCCUUCCAACAAACCACAAAGUGGAUUGAUGAUGUCCGAACAGAGAGAGGAAGUGAUGUCAUCAUUAUGUUAGUGGGAAAUAAAACAGAUCUUGCAGACAAAAGGCAAAUAACAACUGAAGAAGGUGAAAGGAGAGCCAAAGACCUGAAUGUUCUGUUUAUUGAAACCAGUGCAAAGAUAGGCUACAAUGUCAAGCAGCUUUUCCGGCGUGUAGCUGCUGCCUUGCCUGGAAUGGAAAGCACACAGGACAAGAGCAGGGAAGACAUGAUUGAUAUAAAACUGGAAAAGACCCAAGAACAACCAGUCAGUGAGGGAGGAUGCUCCUGCUAAUACUGGUUCUAGAGCCCACUGCUUAUUUGUCAUUGCCAUCCACCACAGUGUGAAUAUUGGCUAGUAAUCUUACCCUGUUGGUAAAGUAUUGCAAUUCAUCAUUGCUGGCUGUCUUGUAAUUGAUCUAUUAGCUUCACAAGCACAAAUGUGGAGAAAAUGUCAGUGUCUUCAUUGGAAAUAAAUUCAAAAAAAAUGUAAUUGCCAAAACUCAAUCUGCAUCAGUUUACUUUUAAUUGGAAGACACAUUUAGUUCUUUGCAUUGUAUAAUAUUGCACUUUUAAUGAUGGAACUCUGUAGCUGUUUAGUGUAAAGGACAGUUUAUGCAGAUAACAUCUGAAUGCUAAGUGGCUUUAUGACAGUGACUACAAUAUCUGAACAAUGAGACACCAGUGAAUUGGAUCUUUUAAUGCUUCAAAAUGAUAAGUUUCUCAACCAAAUCUGUUAACUAAAUUUCAUGUGUGCAAAGAGAACUUAAAAGCAUACAUCACUUGUAGUUUUGCUGAAACCUGUUAGUAUUUAAACCCCACCCAAAUCAUGUCAAUGAAUUCAUGUUUCCCCAUUCCUUUAUCGCUUCAUCUGAGCCCAACUUGUCUUUUUUCCCCUAAAUUUAGCCAUCAAUUAAGAUGGUGAUGGCCCCUCAGAUAUGCAUUUUCAAAUAAUCAAGCAUAAUUUCGAGAUAAAAGAAUUGCAUUUGAAAGGGCAAAAAGUAACUGAAGACAAACCUUUGUGUUGCAUAGGCUGGAAAGUUCUCUUUACUCACUUGCACACAUUUUAAAAGUAGAAUGUCCUCUAGCAUACAGAGAUCUCUUCAAUUGUGCAUUUGAAGGAAGGAAAGCAUUCACAUGCAGAAUUUGUAAAAUUAUGCAUCUUCUAUUAAUUUUUGUUAUAGGGCUUCCAUAUUGUUUAGGGUUUUGUAAUUCUGCAUAGUUGAUUUACCUACCUGGAAUAAUAUGAUUUAGGAUUUUUAUUUAAGAGGAUUGUUUAUCUCCCCUCUAAUUUAUUUCUGUGCUCCAGUUUUUUUUUGAAGUCUUUUAGAUAAGUGUCACUGAUUUUAUUAUUAUUUUUGUCAUGUAAGGAUUUUCAGCAUAGAACACUAUAGCUUUAUCUUGUGGCUU